AUCUCCUCUAAAAUAUUGAAAUAUGAAAUAUAAGAAUAGCGUAUCUGAAUGUCAAGUCAAUUAGGUAAUACACAGCAUGUUUAGUUUUCAUACCUGCAGUAGGCAACUGAAUGAGUGUGUGUGAGAGAGAGAGAGAGAUACAGUUCUCUAUGGCGAACAGAAAAAACUGAAACUACCCAAAAUAAUGAAUGGUCUGUAUAGGAAUUUACCACAUGAUGACUGCUAUCUUUCGUUCCGAUUGGUCGUCUGACAUAGACACACCGCGUCACACGUUGUCUUAUGCAACCUGAGUGCCACAUGAUUUUAUAGCAGACCUUGGACAAAGCCGGUCUACGCAGGGAGUCAACGCUUCUCUUCAAACUUUGAGAAUUUGCAUUACCACAAACCUCGAGCAUGGCCAACAAAACCACCCAUCUUCUUUUCCGGGCACUGGUUGAGAUGUCUGAAGUACACUCUUCAAAAGUUGUACGAGGAAAUCCCAACAGAGCAAAUAUAAGGUAAGAGCAAAAAUGCCGGUGAGCAAUCCUCCAGCAAGUUUGCAGCAACCGGCGACGUGUAGACUAUUUUGAUCAUUCACCAACUGUCAAUACAACGCAAAUGACAUUUUUUUACAUAACAAAAUACGUUUUAAAUCUGCGAUGUUCGUGUAAAAUGUAGGCCUAGGUCGCUCCCCCAUAGGGUCUGCAUUGGGCAGCAGAGAGGUAGGGGAUAAACGAACAAAAUAAGAAACAAUUGUUUAUUUAUUUAUUUAUAUAUAUAUAUAUAUAUAUAUAUAUAUAUAUAUAUAUAUAUAUAUAUAUAUAUAUAUAUAUAUAUAUAUAUAUAUAUAUAUAUUCAAGAGAAAAUUAAGCUGGAUUUCCGGUUACAAUUAAAGUUGGUCAAAUCUGAGCUAAUUUGGAACAAAUAAAAUAGUGCAGUACAAUUGAACAUGUUAAAUUCAUAAGCACGAAUAAGAAUUUUAUAUAGAAAAUUCUAUUUUUCCAAAUGGAGAAAGUUUCUAUUACAAAGUGACGAUGCACAUCUCGCGAUUGAUAACAUUUUUAAAAGCUAAAAUACAACUUUAGCAUAAUUAUACACCUUAGAAUAUAUGGUUUCUAGUAGGCUACAGAAUUAGAAAAUGGCUGUUUUAUUUUAGAUAGGCCUACUACAUAGUGGAAGUUAUUGAGCUUUUGAAAGGGUUUGAUCUGAUCUCAUUGUUUUAAGUCUGGGAUUUAAACACACCAUCAGACUAUUUUCACCAAACUGGGACAAAAUAAUGUAGAUCGUUUUUGUUAUGAUACUUUAAAACUGUUAUUUUCUUCUGGAGUUUGAAAAGAUUGACUAUCAAACAAAAAAGUCACCACGGCAGGUGGCUAAAACUAUCUGAGCAUAAGACCAUUGUGCUUUACCACAGAUUAACACAUCAUUUUCUCCCUCUCCUCCUCCUCCCAGACACCUGGGCACCUGUGGGGCCUUGUCAGCACGGCGUGCCACCCUGCCCCUGUCCUCCCCCCUCCUUCGGUCUACACCCUCCCGCAACUUCAUUAACCUGGCUGCCGCCAUCAUUGCCCGCAGGAUGGAGUACUCUGAGAGCCGCACACUAGGGUGAGACGUCAUCACACACACAACUCCUCUCUGCCCCUCUGAUUCUAAAGCCCCACCUUUCUAUUCUCAACUCCAAUAACCUUCAGUUAACAUGUGGUUGGAUUGAAAUAGACCUGAGCAUAUUGUAUCUUUACUAUAUCACAGGCCAAUGUUUAUUCCUGUCUUAUUUUUUUUAAGUGGACCUGAGUAGUCCUAUGAGCAUCUUCUUGAUGGAUCGCCCUCUCCUUCCCCAUCCAGGUACACUCCAGAGCAGAUGUACAGGGUUGUGGCCAGUGUGGACCAGUACCAGCACUUUGUCCCUUGGUGUAAGAAGUCCCGGGUCGUGAAGGGAAGGAACGGGGAUGUCCGGGCCCAGCUGGAGAUUGGGUUCCCCCCCAUCGUGGAGCGUUACACCUCGGAGGUCACGGUUGUCCCAAACCGCCAAGUCAAGGUAAGCCCCAAUAACAUGGUACAACACGGUUUAUAGCAAGGAGAGGGUAGACACCCUGUAUCAAUAUGAAAAUUGUGCCCUAUUUAGAGUGCCUUCAGAAAGUAUUCAUACACCUUGACUUGUUCCACAUUUUGUUGUUACAACCUGAAUUCAAACCGGAUAAAAAAUUAUAAUAAUGAUCAUCCAUCUACACAGAAUACCCCAUAAUGACAAAGUGAAAACAUUACAUUUUUGCACAUAUUGAAAAUGAAAUGCAGAAAAUCUCAUUUACAUAAGUCAAUAAGUGUUAGAAUCGCCUUUGGCAGUGAUGACAGCUGUGAGUCUUACUAGGUAGUAAGUCUCUAAGAGCUUUGCACACCUGGAUUGUACAAUAUUUGCACAUUAUUAUUUUCAAAAUUCUUCAAGCUCUGUCAAGUUGGUUGUUGAUCAUUGCUAGACAGCCAUUUCCAAGUCUUGCCAUAUAUUUUCAAGGCGAUUUUAAGUCAAAACUGUAACUCGGGCAAUCAGGAACAUUCACUAUCUUCUUGGUAAACAACUCCAGUGUAUAUUUGGCCUUGCGUUUUAUGCUAUUGUCCUGCUGAACAGUGAAUUUGUCUCCCAGUGUCUGUUGGGAAGCAGACUGAACCAGGUUUUCCUCUAGGAUUUUGCCUGUUCUGAGCUCUAUUCCGUUUCUUUUUAUCCUAAAAAAGUCCCUAGUCCUUGCCGAUGACAAGCAUACUCAUAACAUGAUACAGCCACCACCAUGCUUGAAAAUAUGAAGAGCGGAACUCAGUGAUGUGUUGUGUUGGAUUUGCCCCAAACAUAACGCUUUGUAUUCAGGACAUAAAGUUCAUUUCUUUGCCACUUUUUGCAGUUUUACUUUAGUGCCUUAUUGCAAACAGGGUGCAUGUUUUGGAAUAUUUUUAUUCUGUACAGGCUUCCUUAUUUUCACUCUGUCAAUUAGGUUAGUAUUGUGGAGUAACUACAAUGUUGUUGAACCAUCCUCCGUUUUCUCCUAUCACAGCCAUUAAACUCUCUAACUACCAAUAGUUGCCCUUUUGUGAGGCAUUGGAAAACCUCCCUGGUCUUUGCGGUUUAAUCUGUUUGAAAUUCACUGCUUGACUGAGGGACCUUACAGAUAAUUGUAUGUGUGGGGUACAGAGAUGAGGUAGCCAUUCAAAAAUCAUGUUAAGCACUAUUAUUGCACACAGUGAGUCCAUGCAACUUAUGUGCCUUGUUAAGCAAAUGUGUACUCCUGAACUGAUUUAGGCUUGCCAUAACAAAGGGGUUGAAUACUUGACUCAAGACAUUUCAGCUUUAAGUUUUUUAUUAAUUUGUACACAUUUCUAAAAACGUAACGCUACUUUGACAUUAUGGGGUAUUGUGUGUUGGCCAGUGACACAAUCUCAAUUUAAUACAUUCCAAAUUCGGGCUGUAACACAACAAAAUGUGGAUAAAGUCAAGGGGUGUGAAUACUCUCUGAAGAAUAUCGUGUACUGUGGAAUUUCAGUACUGUAACUUGUGGGAUUCAAAUGUACAAUGGGACCAGGUGAAUGGGUUAAAUCGUCUGUAAUACAUUGAUUAGAUCCUCCUAGGGGAUAAAUACAACAUAGUUUUUUUGAUCACCUAGCUGCUAACAUUGUGCUCCUCCGUCCAUAGAGCAAGGAUUAGAGAGGCUUUGUCUGGGGCCAUGUCCUGGACAAGAGCAGUGUGUAAUGAUGAGUGUGCAUGUUGCCUCACAGGCCGUGUGUACAGACGGAUCCCUCUUCAGCCACCUGGAGACGCUAUGGAGGUUUUCCCCUGCUGAGGACCAACCAGACUCCUGCAACAUCGAGUUCCAUGUGAGCACCGCCAUUUUGUCCACCAGAACAGAUCACUUUUAUUUGGUGUCAGCCUGAGACUAAAAGUCAGCAAGAUUAGAUAAUAGCCCACUGAAGUACAGAUCGUCUUAGUGUAGUUAACAAUCAUGAAUGAUACACCAGUGUUACAUCGGUCUACUCACACCAACAUGAAUGAUUACUAAUGAACUUUAGGGCUUCAGAUCAAAUUGCCUGCCAGGGGGGUAGUUUUACACCAGGCCUUGCAUUUCUCUCAACCUCUAAAGAGAUUAUUUUUUGGAAGGAAGACGUUGAGUAAAGCCAAUUAGGUUUUAUUUAUAUCAAGUUUGGUUGUGUUAGUGUUCCUAGCCUCUUGACAUAGCUGUCCAGAGAGGUCAUAGCGAAAUCUCUCCCUGUCAGGGACUUUGUGACCCAAAUAUUGGGACAGGUUACCUGUAGUGGAAACGGGGCGAGGGAUUUGGGAGAUGGAGGACAGACUGUCUUUUGGACAGGCUCAUUAAGAAAUGCCUUAGGAUGACUUGGCAGGAAUAAUGAAUAGUGUGGAGUGGAAUGAGUUCAUUCUCAGUCAGUCAGCCAGCCAUUAAAUCAGGAAUACAGACGGUGGUCCCUCGUUUGGAUAUGAGGACUGUCCUCAAAGGAAACAAUAUUCCUCAGAUGGAUAGGUACACUUGUGUCAGCAGCAUGGUUAUGGCAUUUGAGAGUACUUAUUAUUUUCUCCCCUUCACUCUUCAGGUAUCCUUCGAGUUCAGGUCCCUGCUGCACUCCCAGCUGACCACCUUGUUCUUUGACGAGGUGGUGAAGCAGAUGGUGAACGCCUUUGAGUCACGGGCAGCCAAACUAUACGGGGGCCACCACGCCCCCCUCCAGGAGGCGCUAGCAAGGAGGCGAGCAGCAUGAGGAGACCCCUACCUGGCCCCCCACUCAUGGACUGAAAUAAGACCCGCUCCCUACCACCAUCACCACCUGAAACCCCUCACCACUCAAUUUCAACAUGGUAGUGCCUUAUGCAGGAGACUGGGUCUUCUCUUUUGGAUUUUGUUCUUAUGUACACAAAAGCACAUUUAUUUGCACUACAGAAACUUUAAUUUAUUUACUUGAAUGUAUAUACUAUUUUUAUUUGGGAUGGAAGUGGAUGUUUGUUGUCAAAUGUUCAUGUUUGAAAGGGACCUUCUUAUUUAAGUUACAGAAGAUG